AUGCAGGUCCUACAUGAACUGAUCGACCCGACCGUGAGAUUUUCAACAGCAUCAACACUUCAGCGGCCCGCCCAACCAUCUUUCGAAUCGAGGACACGGGGAUUAGAGCCCGGCGCCGUGGGCUUCGUGGCCAUUGUUGAGCCUCACCCAGACCCAACUAUGGAUUUUUUGGGUUGGAUGGAUUCGGAGCUGUUGCGGCGACCGGGGAGAGCUGGCGAGACAGGGCAUGGCGGUCAUCGUGGUGGGGUAGGCUCCGCAACGUAUGUGAGACCGGUCGUUGAGGAGGACGGGGGCUAUUCUGGUUCUUUGGAUAACAGUGUCAUUGAGGAGAUUCACGAGUACUUCGUUCUGUCUCGUCUAGGGUGCCUGGUUCUUCUGACCUAG